UCAAACACACCCCCGACAACUGCACGCAUACAGAAAGAAAUGGAGACUGUGAACAGAGGCAAGAUCCUUCUCGGUCUAGAAAUCAAUCUGGUUCUAUUUUAUGUCGGUGCUGUGGGUGCCUGUACUGUCUCCGUUAGGCAGCCACAUUACCUAGAGGUGGACUAUACUCACAAGGCUGUCACUAUAGAGUGCACCUUCUCCACAACUGAAUGCCCUUCAGAGCAACCCAUCAGCCUGUGGUUUCGCUAUGGCGCUCAGCAGCCUGAGAACCUGUGCUUGGAUGGAUGCAGAAGUGAAACGGACAAAUUCACAGUGGGGGAAGCCCUGGCCCAGAACCGAGUUUCUCUCACUGUCAACAGGGUGACAUCAAAUGACAGUGCAAUUUACAUCUGUGGAAUAGCAUUUCCUAGAGAAAAGACAGCGAGAGCCAAGCAAACUGGAGAAGGGACCAUACUGGUGGUAAGAGAAAGUAAGCUUCUCAGCAAGGAACUGCAGAGUCUCCUGACAGUGCUCUUAGUGCUGCUCUCCAUCUACAUUACUGGGGUAUGUGUGGCCUUCACAGUCCUCUCCAAGUCAAAAUCUAAUAUUCUAAGAAACAGAGAAACAAAAGAAGAUUCACAAAAGAAGAAAAGUGCUCGACGUAUUUUUCAGGAAAUUGCUCAAGAACUAUAUCACAAAAGAUACGCAGAAACAGGCCCACAACUUGAGAAAGACAAUAUUUAUGAAAACAGAAGAGAAUUUUCCAACUGUGAAAGACCAUAGAUACAUUUUGAUUUUCAAUUAAUUCACUGAAAAUCCAACUCCAGAAGCUAUGGAAAUGCACCAAUCAGAUCAUUUAAAAAAAAAAAAUAAAGGUAAAAGGAAAAGACAACUGGCUGCAAAAAAGGCGGCCAGGGCGUAAGGAAGCUACAACUAAUAGUAAUUAAAACCCAACAAAAUGCAAUUGAAAAGUUCUUUCCUAAUUUACCAAUAAAAUUCUAAGCAACCUAAUCAGAUUAUAGGCAUGCAGCUUCAAAAAAUUUUCUGACAUGUAUCCUACAUCUGUUUCAUUUAACAUGUUAAUAAGUGUGUGAUGGCGAUUACCCUGAAGAUUUGAAGUCAACCACAUGACUCAAUCCUGAGUGGAAGAAAUGUCUUUGUGGGUGGUAGAAAUGAUGGAACAAUUAGCAUCAGCGGGAAGGCAUAAAGAGAAGGAGAAAUAUGCUGAAAUUUGAGUUAGAAGAAUUCAUUUUGAAAAGUACCUUGGAGCAAAAAUUAUUUCCUCUAAUAUUUUAAUGGGGCAAUGAAAAAGUACAUAUUUCCUUACCAGGGUAUGCAAAAUAAAUAUCAUGCCACCAACAAAAAGUGAGAAUAGGGAAUAGAAUAAGAAUAUAAAUUCCAAAAUAUGGAAAAUUCAAAGCAGAAUGUGAAACAGAGAAAACCUCAGAAGAAAUUAGCCACAACUGACUCUAGAUGUCAGUGUUGUGCCAAAUAAGAGCACCCUGGAAGGCCACAUCCUGAUGGCACAAAGACCUCUACAAUCCCGAUUUCUGACCAAUUCAGGAAGGAAAUAGCAGACACUGGACUGGUACAGCAAGCAUGUUAUGGACUUCGUUACCAGAGCACUAAGAAAAUAUGAUACAAAUUUUCUUUGAAAGCUAAGUAGGUAUAAACAAUCUAAAGUACCUGCAAGCAUGCUUCUGUUAUUAAACAUGAAUUAUAAUGUAUUGUGUUUAUUUCAUUAAAGUUGUUUCCUUUAAACUGGCA